AUGGCACGAAAACAAGAACCGGCUUCUGAGAUUCCCCCAGAACUGAAAGUAUCCGAUGAGGAAGACUACAAUGAAGACGAAGAUGACGAUUAUGACCCAACAAAGAAAAAUCAAGAAGAGGAAAAGGAAUCAGAUGAGUCCGAGGGAGAAGAACCGGAUUACUCAAGCAUAAAUACUGGCGUAAGCCAAGUGCGUACAAGAACUCAAAUAUACCAAGAGAAUUUGAGCGGUGGCCAGAAACGAGAUGCUCGAACCUCCAACGGCUUAGUCCCAGACGAGAGUCUGCGAGCACUUGACGUGAAUGCCAUUUUCGAUUCGCUCAAGAGCGGAGAGGAUGAUGAGUGGCGCGACGUGGUUAGUCUGGUAGAGCCAGAAACAAAAAAGCCAGAACCAGAAAAACCAUUGCUGUUGUCCACCGAAAAGAUUCGUAUAGAGACCUCGUACACCUUUGCGGGCAAAUUGGUGCGUGAGACAAAACUUGUGGAUGCUGACUCGGCAGAAGCAAAGGCAUAUCUUAACUCCACUAGUGGAAUAAUGAGUGGUUCAGAUAAGGGUCCUCGCAGAUCUUACGUUACUGUGGUGCGCAAAAUACAAGGCACAGAAGAAAAAGUACCACUUUUGAUCAAAUUGAAGCGUCCGUCGCUUAUAGACAAGUUUUUGAUGGGUGACAAGAAGCACAAGUUGACGACAUUGGAGAAGUCUCGUCUUGAUUGGGCCAGUUUCGUCGAUAAAAAGAGUAUCAAGGAUGACUUGGCCCUUCAUAAUAAGGCCGGUUACUUAGAUAAACAAGACUUCCUUGGAAGGAUGGAUGCCAAACGGGAUGAGCAAUAUAGAAAAGCAAAGGAGCUCGAGCGGCAAAGACAAUGGCAAAUGGAACAGCGUUCGGGCUGA